AGCAAACAGAGUAGUUAUCCAUAAUUUUAUGAUAAAAAUAUAUUAUUACACAAUUAAUAAAACUAUUAAAAUUUUAUUAUUUAAAAAUAGUUAUAAAGAAUUUAAAUUAUGUUGGAUCUUGUCAUUAGUUCAAAAAACAAAAACGAUUCCAGGAAUGGGAAUGUAAAUGAUUAUGAUCCAUAUAAACAUCGGAAACCUGAACAUCCAACUACAAAUUUUGAAACAUUCGCGCAUUUUGUAAAAGGAUGUGUAGGUACCGGUCUGUUAGCAAUGCCUCAAGCUUUUUCAAAUGCUGGAUAUAUUGUUGGUAUUAUUGGAACGAUAGCGGUUGGUGUAAUAGCAAUUUUUUGUAUGCACAUUUUGAUUGGUUGUAUGUACAUCUUGGCGAAAAGAGAAAAAGUUCCAUUUUUAACAUAUCCAAAUGCAAUGAGAAUUGCAUUCAAAACUGGUCCACCAUUUUUAAGAUUUUUGGCACCAAGUGCUGGGUAUAUCGUGAAUUGGUUACUUUCUAUAUAUCAUAGUGGAAUAUGUUGUAUAUAUGUUGUUUUCAUUGCUAGUACAAUUAAACAAUUAAUUGAUUAUUAUUUGAUUGAUUUUGAUAUAAGAAUACAUAUGGCAAUUAUAAUCUUACCAUUAGUUCUUAUAUAUAAUAUAAGAGAUUUAAAAAAUUUAGCACCAUUUUCAACUGUUGCCAAUAUUCUAAUGUGCAUUGGUUUAAGUGUUAUUCUUUAUUAUAUAUUUAGAGAUAUUCCACCAAUUUCAGAAAGAGAUAUGUUUGUUGAUAUAAGUAAAUUUCCAUUAUUUUUUGGUACAACUUUAUUUGCAUUGGAAUCAGUAGGAGUGAUUAUUGCAUUAGAACAGAAUAUGGAAACACCGAAAGAUUUUCUUGGAUAUUUUGGUGUAAUGAACAGAGGUGCUGUAGUAGUUUUAACUUUGUACGGUGUAUUUGGAUUUUUUGGUUAUUGGAGAUAUGGAGAUGAUGCGUUAGGAAGCAUAACAUUAAAUAUUCCGAAAAAUGACGUUUUAGCUCAAGUUGUUAAAGCAAUGUUUGCCCUGGCAAUGUAUUUUACAUAUCCAUUACAAGGUUAUGUGCCAAUAGACAUUAUAUGGUAUCAAUAUUUAAGUAAAAAGUUACAAGAUCAUCCGAGAAAGAAACUAAUUGAGUUUUCAAUUCGACUUGGAAUCGUGAUGUGUACAUUUUUGGCUGCUGUCGCAAUACCAAAUAUAGGACUUUUCUUAGCUUUAAUUGGAGCAUUUUGUCUAACAUUACUUGGCAUUGCAUUUCCUGCAUUAAUUGAAGUUUGUACAAGAUUUCAAGAUAGAGAUUAUGGACGAUUUAAUUAUAUAUUAUAUAAAUGUGCUGCUUUAAUAUUAUUUGCAGUUGUAGGAUUAUUUAUAGGUACAUAUACAGCAAUACAUGAUAUAGUAAUAUUUUAUUCAAAUCCAAUAGGAGAAACUUAGUAUAAGUUAUAUUUAAAUUGAAUAAAUUAUAUUUUUAAUAUA